CCCUCCUUCCACUUCAUCUCAUCACAACUUGACCCCACCAUCCCGCCCGUUAGGUUAGGUUGUCCGUGCCUCAUCCUCUCCCACGCAUUCAACUACUACCACAAGCCGACCUUCAAGUCCCGUCACCUACUCCUCCUCCCCCUCUUCCUCUUGCCUCCCUCGGUUCCUCAGACCUUAGCCUCAACCUCUAAGUCCCGAGAGAAAGAGCGCGGGCAUACGGAUAGGAAGGAGCAAACCGGCAGCACCAAUGUCCACUUAGAUUACCCCGCAGGAACUUUCCUCCACAGCCUCGAGCACGAGACAGACGCUGUUUCCCAACUGAAGCAGAAUGAUGGCAAGUGCAAGAAGUCUCCCCAAACUCACAACCGCUCAUCCAUCUCCAUCCACAAGCAAGACCAGUACACCCCCGACAACUGGUUCCCAUGAUGUCCCGACCUCAUCCGUACCGGCGAAAAGCACCCCAUGGAUGUCAUUGAUCUCCCCCGAAGACAACUUAAGGGCUACUACCACACUUGGGACAACAUGCCGAAGCCCUCCUUCGUCACCGAGAAAGAUAGCAGGUUUGCGGAGACUCUGUUCCACAAUGAUAGCACCGUCUGUCAUGAAAACAACGUGACCUCAAUUCGGUCUUCGCCAAGCCAGCCCAGGGCAAGACCAUAGCUUUGACCGACGCUGAGCCGUAUCGCGGGAUUCACAUACAAUGGCGGUGAUCGGGAGGUCCAGAGAGUCAAAGUCUCCCUCGACGGAGGUGACACCUGGCUCUACGCCACUCGCGAGUUCCCCGAUUCACCCUUUCGACAUGGAAACAGGUUCUUGGCUUGGAUCCACUGGCACCUCGACGUCGACAUUUCGCAGCUCCUCCGAGCCAAGAGCAUCACAGUCCGCGCCUUGAAUGCGUCCAAAAUGACUUAGCCAGAGAAGCCAACAUGGACUCUCCUGAGCAUGAUGAAUGAUUCCUGGUAUAUUGUUAAGCCCGAGAUCGUUACGUCUAGAGGUCACGGGCCCGUCAUAUCCUCCCGUCAUCCUACCGAGGCUGGCUUUGUCAACAUCCACGAUGACUUUCCUGGAAAAAGCUACAUGGCAUGUCGUUGUUCUUUGUCACCUGCAUCCUCGAACUGAUAUUUUGUUAGUAGUACGGACUGACCGUCGUUGUGACUCGCAGAAUGCAUCCUCGGCCGCAUUACCUGCAAGACCGCCAAAUUUAUCAGAGAGCCCAGAAGCAGCAGCGAAGGAGGAAGCAGAGCAAUCCCGAUUCCAGAAUAAUCUUGCCCUCCAGAAACGACGCUGAGUUCCCGUUAAGCUCAUCAACAGACGCCAAGUCUCCCCUGAUACAAACACAUAUACCUUCCAGCUUCCUGGAGGAAAGACUGUUCUCGGCCUAAAAACCUGCUAGCACCUCCAGAUAGGCUUCCAUCUCCGUGACCAGAUGCUUAUCCGGCAAUAGACUCCCACACGACCACUCCUGUCAGCCCAAAGCAUUCAGGGUCAUGGUGACAAAUCUUCGGGAAAACACAACCACAAGCCCCCCGAACAUCAUGUAGACACCGGUGCCCAUCACCACCAAGACAAGCAGCAUGCUUCUCGGCAAUUCAAGGCCACGGGAGACUGAAGCAACCACUGUCCUUUGAUGGACUGCCAGUCUGAAACAAUUGACUUGACUGUGAAGACCUAUUUCCCAUCUCCUUUGCAGCCAGGCGGCGCACUAUCCAGUAUCCUUGACUGCCUUCCCCUGAGGUCUGAAGUGAAGAUCCGUGAGCCAACAGGUGACAUUAUUUACCACGGAUAUGAUCACUUCUCUAUUGAGGGGCGCGAAUGAUACUUUGCUCGAGUGUCUCUCCUGCUGGGUGGGAGCGGUAUUAUGCCUGGCUACGCAUUGGUGGCCAGAAUUCUUAUGACACCGGAUGACCGGACAGAGCUCAGGGUUGUUGACGCAAACACAACAGAGCAGGACAUCCUACUGAAACAGGAACUGGAUGGCCUCGAGAAGAACAACGGCGGCAAGAUGAAGAUUUGCCAUGUCUUAGGCCAGUAUGGGGAAGGCUGGAAGAGCAAGAGGGGAAAGAUGAUGCAGGGGUUCUCGAGCGGAGCCUGUUCAAACUGCAUGCAGCGCAUAACAACGUAACACUGCUGUGUGGGCCGCCGGGGUCAAUCCAGGGUGUUGUGCUGCCGGCGUUGAUAGAUGGGGGCUAUUGAAGACCCAAAAAAAAGUUCGGGUUUUGAGCAAUCACUGACCGGCCGCGAACAGUCCUCUUUGUGUGACUUUCGUCCCAUCUGAUCAUGUCCGCUCAACACGGGUUGCAUCUGGCUUUGGCCGAUGACACGUCGCAGAAACUGUCUGUAUUCUAGCCUGUCUGUGUGUGAAUCCGCGCAGACUCUAACGUUUUCC